UGUGAGUAAUCGUGGCUAAGAUAACCUGUCAGAAUGGGGGAAGGGAAGGAAGAAGCAACGAAGAAAAGGGCGGCUGCCCGAGGCUGGGUUACCAGACAGUCCACAGCCUUAAAGGACUUACUAGACAAACCCAGCAUCAGUGAAUUUGAGUUGAGAAGUGCCAUAGAGACCUUUGACCGUAGAUUAAACACUUUAGAUGAGAGACAGGCCGAACUUGAGCUUCUAGUAGACGACGGUGACCUAGAUCAGUGCGUAGAUGAAGCAGACAGCUUCAGACGUGCCAGUCAAGAGAAUUGGCUACGUGCAAAUGAGAAGUUACAAGAACUAAUGAAGGCCAGUCAGAUUGAGUUAGGCUCUGUUGGGAGUACUUCUACAUCUGGCAAGUCACCUGAAGUGAAGUUACCCAAGCUUGAACUGCCAAAGUUUAAAGGAGAUGUUACAGAAUGGGUGUCCUUCUGGGAUCAGUUUAGCUCUCACAUAGAUGACACAGAGAUUCCAGUUAUAAGCAAGUUUACUUAUCUGGUGUCUCUGUUAGAAGGAGAAGCUAAAUCAGUAGUUCAAGGUCUCUCACAUACUAGUGCUAAUUACAGUAUUGCUUGUGAUCUACUGAAGGAGAGAUAUAACAGGCCUGAGAGAAUUAUAUUUGCCCAUGUACAGUCCCUUUUGAGUGGCCAUGUCCUUGGGAAGGCCAAGGGACCCAAGUAUGUGACUCAACUUUGGAGUCUCAGAGAUGAGAUACUGACACACAUCAGAAGUUUAGAGGCCCUAGGUGUGUCAGGCAAGCAGUGUAAAAUCUUCCUAACUCCCAUCAUCCUGUCCCGUCUGCCCAAUGAGAUUCGUCUGGAGUGGGCUCGCAAGGGUGCUGGACAUGAGAGUGACCUCGACUGGCUUCUGACGUUUCUACGACAAGAAAUUGAGAGCAUCGAGAAGUCAGAGGCCUUCAAGGACGUCACCGCGGGUAAGAGGGAGAGUCUGUCUUCCCCUGAAGAGAAGAAGAAUUGGCAGACGCGGGAGCCUAAAGGAAAGGUAUCAUCCGCGGCUGCAUUACACACAUCUUCGGAAGGCCAACUCUAGAGGACCUGCUGGGCAGCGACACCCUGGGGCUCAACACGGCCUUCCAAGCCUGCAAGUGUGCACAGACCUUGCUACAUAAGUACGAACAGCUUGACAGAAUCUAGCCCC